UCGCCUGUAGGUUUAGUCAAGCAGCGAGCCGCCGGCGGGCCAGCGAGCCACCGAGGGCCCGAGCUUCGGACGCCAGCGCCCGCCUCCUGCCUUUGUUCGUUCGACUGUAUCAGCGGGCAGGCGCGGGAGCCCGGGCCGUGAGCUACCGCAACAUCAUGACAACAGAGAAGGGUUUAGUUGUUGAGGCUGAAAAUUCUCAGCCUCAACAACAGAAGGAAGAGGGUGAGGGAGCCACAAACUCACACCAACAAGAAGCUCAGCUGGAAGAGGCUUCCCAGGCAGCUGAGGGAGAUAAUCAGUGUGAGCAGAAACUGAAAGCAUCCAAUGGAGACACUCCCACACAUGAAGACUUGACCAGGAACAAGGAACGAACAUCAGAAAGCAGGGGCCUGUCAAGACUGCUCUCCUCAUUUCUCAAAAGACCCAAAUCUCAAGUCUCUGAGGAAGAAGCCAAAGAGGCAGAGGCAGAAAAAGAAAAAGGAGAAGUAGGUCAGAAAGAGAUAGAAUUUGGAACCAGUCUUGAUGAAGAUAUAAUUUUAAAGGCCCCAAUUGCAGCUCCUGAACCUGAACUCAAAACAGACCCAUCUUUGGAUCUUCAUUCAUUAAGCAGUGCAGAAACACAGCCAGCUCAAGAAGAACACAGAGAAGACCUAGAUUCUGAAACUAAAGAAGGAGAAGAAAUUGAAGAGUGUUCUAAAACAGAAGUAAAAGAAAAUCCUGAAUCGAAAGCAGAAAGAGAAUUAAAAGCUUCCCAGAAAUCAGUCAGAAGGCACAGAAACAUGCACUGCAAGAUUUCUUUAUUGGACGACACUGUUUACGAGUGUGUUGUGGAGAAACAUGCGAAAGGUCAAGAUUUGCUUAAACGAGUAUGUGAGCACCUCAAUCUUUUGGAGGAAGACUACUUUGGUCUGGCCAUUUGGGAUAAUGCAACCACUAAGACGUGGCUGGAUUCUGCCAAAGAAAUAAAAAAACAGGUUCGAGGUGUCCCUUGGAAUUUCACAUUUAAUGUAAAGUUUUACCCACCUGACCCAGCACAGUUAACAGAAGACAUAACAAGGUAUUACCUAUGUCUUCAGCUUCGUCAGGAUAUCGUUGAAGGACGUCUGCCCUGUUCCUUUGCAACCUUAGCAUUACUAGGUUCUUACACCAUCCAGUCUGAGCUGGGAGACUAUGAUUCAGAACUUCAUGGUGUGGAUUAUGUUAGUGAUUUUAAACUGGCUCCCAAUCAGACCAAGGAACUUGAAGAGAAGGUCAUGGAACUACACAAAUCAUACAGGUCCAUGACUCCUGCUCAGGCUGACUUAGAAUUUCUUGAGAAUGCCAAAAAGUUGUCUAUGUAUGGAGUUGAUCUUCAUAAAGCAAAGGACUUGGAGGGAGUGGAUAUCAUCCUAGGUGUCUGCUCUAGUGGCCUUUUGGUUUACAAAGAUAAGUUGAGAAUUAACCGUUUUCCUUGGCCCAAAGUGCUAAAGAUUUCCUACAAACGUAGCAGCUUUUUCAUCAAAAUCCGGCCUGGAGAGCAAGAACAGUAUGAAAGUACCAUUGGAUUCAAACUUCCUAGUUACCGAGCAGCUAAGAAAUUAUGGAAAGUCUGUGUUGAGCAUCACACAUUUUUCAGAUUGACUUCAACAGACACUAUUCCUAAAAGCAAAUUUCUUGCCCUGGGAUCCAAAUUUCGAUACAGUGGCCGGACUCAAGCUCAGACCAGGCAAGCUAGUGCUCUGAUUGACAGGCCUGCUCCACACUUCGAGCGAACAGCAAGCAAACGGGCUUCCCGGAGCCUUGAUGGAGCAGCAGCUGCUGACUCAACAGACAGAAGUCCUCGACCCACCUCUGCCCCAGCCAUUGCUCAGAGUCAGGUCACAGAGGGCAUUGUACCAGGAGCAUCUGACAAAAAAACACAAAAGGAAACAGUGAAGGCUGAAGUGAAAGAAGAGCCACCUGAGCAAGCUGAGCCAGAGCCCACAGAAGCGUGGAAGGUGGAAAAAACCCACAUCGAGGUCACAGUACCUACCUCAAACGGUGACCAAACACAGAAGCUUGCAGAAAAAACUGAAGAUCUGAUAAGAAUGAGGAAGAAAAAGAGAGAGAGACUAGAUGGUGAAAACAUUUAUAUCAGACAUAGCAAUUUAAUGUUGGAGGAUUUAGACAAGAGUCAAGAAGAGAUCAGAAAACAUCAUGCCAGUAUCAGUGAGCUGAAAAAGAACUUCAUGGAGUCUGUACCAGAGCCGCGGCCUAGCGAGUGGGAUAAACGCCUGUCUACGCACUCGCCCUUCCGAACUCUUAAUGUCAAUGGGCAGAUCCCCACGGGAGAAGGAAGUGUAAAUGGCAUUCGCACAGAGGAGGUGGCUGUCGUGACAAAAGGGCCAUCUGCCUACCCUGCCUCUGAAUGGGAGGGUCCCAAGCAGUCAGUAGGUCCUAGUCAGAGCCAGAUGACCACCCCAUCGGAGUCUCCGCAGAGCUUUGGCUUUGGCUCCCUCUCCAUAAGCAGCAAGGAGACAGAAGAGAAGGAGCAGGGGGCAGCUGGCCAUCUUGAUAUUAAGGAGACGCCAAGUGGCCCAAGUGGGGAAUGCAUAGGAGUGGAGGAACAGGCCAGUGCCUUACAAUUCUCAGCCUCCUGUCAGCUGCAGCUUGGUGAAAACAAGGCAGACAGUAGUGAAGAGCAUGUUACACCAGGAGAGCCACUUGGAAAACAAAAUGGAUCAUUUCUUGACUCUUGUGUGGGUAACCAGUUCCCCACCCUCAUUCGAAGUUUCCAGCCUCCUCUGGUAAAGACUCAGACAGUCACCAUCUCAGAUACGGCCAAUGCUGCAAAAAGUGAAAUCCCAACCAAAGACGUCCCCAUUGUCCACACUGAGACCAAGACCAUCACUUAUGAGGCUGCCCAGACUGAUGACAGCAAUGGUGACUUGGACCCAGGAGUCUUGCUGACAGCUCAGACCAUCACAUCUGAGACCACAAGCAGUACCACCACAACUCAGAUUACCAAGACCGUAAAAGGUGGGAUUUCAGAGACCCGGAUUGAAAAGAGAAUUGUGAUCACAGGAGAUGGCGAUAUUGACCAUGACCAGGUCCUUGUACAAGCUAUCAAGGAAGCAAAGGAGCAGCAUCCGGACAUGUCAGUGACCAAGGUGGUCGUCCAUCAGGAGACUGAGAUCUCUGAGGAAUGAGCUCAGGAACUAUCCUACCCCAACUCCCUGCCCUCCCUAUGCCCAAGACAAACCAGCGAAAUGCUAAAGAAGCCAGCCUGCAAGUCAGACUCCAGACUUUCAAGAUCAUUCUAGACCACCAGAAAAUUUACUUUGUUUUCUAUUUGGAAUUUAUAUCGAGAUUCUUCUAGAUAUCAUUGAUCCUUUUCAAGAUCUUUUUCUAUAUUGUGAUACCAGAAAUUGUUCCACUUUUCAUUCUA